UCGGAGCUUGGUGUUUAUGCGCGAAGUUUUGUUUGUUUUUCUACAACAAAAUACAACUGUUUUAAUAACAAUAUAAUUGUUCAGAUAUGUUAAUUUGUGUGUUCCAACGAGUUUCGCACUAACAAGAUGCCUUAUUACUGUACGGUGCCGCGAUGCACAUCAAUGGCAGGAAAAGCGAAAAACGUAUCGUUUCAUCAGUUUCCUAGGGACGCAGAGCUUGCGAAACUAUGGAAUAACAUUUUAAAACGGGGGAAACCAUACACAAAGUACUCUAAAGUAUGUAGUCUGCACUUCAAACCGGAAGAUUAUACAAUAACAAGCGCAGGAAAAAAUAAAGGACAAUGGCGGACAUUGCGGAAGGAUGCCAUCCCAUCACAAAACUUGCCAUCCGACACACCAGCUCCGUACCAUAAGAGGCAGUCCGGUGCCUGGGUGCCAAGCAUGCCUGUUGUCGAAGACCAGAUGAUACAAGCGCAGCACAUUGCUCAAGCUAUAUACAUGCAGACCAUGCUGGCUAUCCAAGCGGCCGGCGUCACAGACCCCAUCGCGCGCAAUGCCCUAUGUAAUGGUUUACUCCCACCGCCUUUAGAAGACCCUGAACCACAGCCCACCGCAUCGCCAGACCCGUCGAGCUCGGAAGACGAACCACAGACCACAGACUCUCACAGACCCUCCCCCAUAGAAACAGACCCAGGUAAUACCUCAUACAAAUGUGACGACUGUUCCAAAUGUUUCAAAGAUCCAGACGUCUUUCUCAUACACAAAAGAUCACACAAGCCCGAAAAUGGUAAAGAAAAUCUAGAUAUAAAUGCGUUAAAGCCGGAAACGCUGAAAUCCAAUCCUAUUUUAGCCAAUUUACUUAAGAAUACUAUGGAAAAGAAUAUUUUUAAUCCAAAUUUUAUUGAGAAACAACUCUUGGUGAGCUUUUCGAAUUUCUCCAAUAUGGAAGGUUAUUUAAGAAGCGUCAACGGUUAUGACGUAUGUGAUAAUAGCGAGUUAAGUGAGUCUGAUAAACUUGUUAUUGAUGAAAGUGCAGCUUAGUUGUUCCUUCCUGUUAGAUAAAAGGUUUCUACCAGAAAACUCGUUGAAAACCUCAAGGUUUCUGAUGUACUGAUUUGAUAGUAAGAGAGAUGUAGUGUUUUUGUAUAACGAUUAAGUUCAAAGUAUUGUUUAGAAAUGAAUAUUUUUUUUGCAUUUACAAAUUAUGAACAUACAAAAUUUAUCAAUUUUUUUAUUAUGCAGAAAUUUUUUGGCCCUCGUUUGCUUACUUGUAGACCUAAUCUCAAAAGUGAUGAACAGUGUCCUGUAAGAUAUUAAAAUACAAAACGAUCAUUAAAAUCAAAAGUUUUUUAAUAAAAAAAAUACUUCCUCAUUAAGGGAUUUAAUCCGUGCCUCUUCAAAUCACAUGCACAAAAUCUAAAUACAACUAUCAGGCUCUCAGUAACCUUGGGAUCAAAUAUCUAUUUCAACAUUCAAACAAAUUAUACUAUACAUAUGACUAAAUAAUAUUAAAAUGAUCAGCACUCUAAUAUACUUACAAGUCAGAGGUCUAAGGCCGGUUUAAACUCUGACACCAGGUUGUACAUCAACCAUACGAUAAGAAUAAACUCAUUAUAAUUUAAUUUAGUCAUCUGUAUUAGAAAAAGCGUUUUCUAGUAGAUCAUUUUUUAGUAAGACUGUAUUUUUUAAUAAUAUUUUUAUGACAGAUUGAACAUGUCUAUACAAAUAGCAGUUUUUCUUGUAUUCUUAAUUAUAUACCAUUAAUUAACUAAAAGACUCUUUGAUUGAAAAUAAGCUAGUUCAUUUUAUUUAGUAUCAAAGUACUUUUCACCACAGAUUAAUGGGGUUUUGUCUCUUAUAACCACCUUCCAGCAUCAGAUCAGCUCCAUGUCAUCAAAAAUAAUUAAGAAUAUAAUAUUAAUUGCUAUUUUCAUCUCAAAUAAUUCUGUCAUAAGUAGAAAAUGAGAUUAUAUGCAACUUCAAUUUCAUGAAUAUAUGCAGAAAAUGUAGAAUAAUCAUAUUUAUAAUUAGUUUUCAUAAUAAGUUAAUAAUUAUUAUUAAUCCUUCAGUUUAAUCUGUGGUAUUUCUAGAACCAUCUGUAAAAAAUUGAGUGUAUUUCAAAUUUUAUAGAUUUUUGUUUGAUUGCAACACAACAUUUAUAGCAAAAAUGUCAUGAGAUUUUGAGUUUAAAUAGCAAUGAUUUAUGUAUGUGCAUAAGUCAAAUUGAAUGUCCUAUAGGUCUAGUGGUUAGUGACCCUGACUGCUAUACUGGAGGUAGUCGGUUUGAUUCCCACCCAGAACUUAUG